AUGCAAAAUAAAGUACUAAGAGCAUCCUGCGUACCGAGCAAGACAAAAACAAGCGUCCAGAAGGAUCAGAGUCCACCGCCACUCCUGACGCGCACGCGACUCAGUCUAAAUCAGCUCGACGCUCGCAGACUUCAGCGGCUCGACCGACAGCGGCCGUGGCAGGAGAAACCACCGAAGCAGAAAAAAAAAACAAAAGGAACCCUCAGAAUAUUUUACGACAAAACUCUGCCAACUGACGUCGAUACAUCAGAUCUGAAAUUUAAAGCGCGGAAGUAUGUGUCCAAUUCGAAAUAUGGCGACAUUUACAUGAUAAGAGAAAUCAAUAAAAAAGAGAAACCUAAACCGGAAACCCCUCCGCGGAAGUGGCUCUGGGAGGACGAGUACAUGCUGUGGAUGGCAACCGGAAGUAGGGACAAGUACCUCGAAGACAGAGGAUCGACUCGCACAAAAGCGGUUCCUUUGUACCAAACCGGAAGUUUGAAAUCCUCGUCAACAACUGAGUAA